GAUGAGCCGAGAGCAGCAGCCCCUGAUCAUGUGACUCCUCCUCCUCCAUGUGACUGAUCACCUGACUGUGACAUCAUCGCAGGUCCUGUUAGUACACUUCCUGUACAGCUCUGCUGGUGAAGGGAGCAGAUAUGAACAAUAUUAAUGCUCCAGAGACAGAUGUGAGCGGUGAUGAGCAGUAUAAGAAGGACAUUCCUACAGGGAAAGAUCUGAUCUAUAUUAAUGCUACAGGCAUAAAGGAAGAAGAAGAGACAGAUGUGAGCGGUGAUGAGGAGUAUAAGGAGGACAUUCUUACAGGCAACCGCCCAGAUGACUAUACCAGGAGAUCAGAGGAGAAUCUUAUAUCUUCAGAUUAUAAAGCAGAUGAUGAUAUCACACAAGAUACAUAUGAAGAACAUUCCAUUAUCCCAGAUACACCCUCAGCCCUUCACAGCCAAAAUCUGUCAUCUCAUCCUGUUAUACAAGUCCAACCUAAAGAUUCCUCUCAGUCUGUUAAACAAAAUAAGGAAAAGCGAUUUUCAUGUCCAGAAUGUGGGAAAUGUUUUACUUUGAAAUACUCUCUUGUUAGACAUAAAACAACUCACACAGGAGAGAAACUAUUUUCAUGUCCAGAAUGUGACAAAUGUUUUACUCAGAAAUCACACCUUGUGAUACAUCAAAGAAUUCACACAGGAGAGAAGCCAUUUUUAUGUCCAGAAUGUGGGAAAUGUUUUACUUUCAAAUACUCUCUUAUUAGACAUAAAAAAACGCACACAGGAGAGAAACUAUUUUCAUGUGCAGAAUGUGGGAAAUGUUUUACUCACAAAUCACACCUUGUGAUACAUCAAAGAAUUCACACAGGAGAAAAGCCAUUUUCAUGUCCUGAAUGUGGGAAAUGUUUUCCUGAGAAAUCAUCUCUUGUGAGUCAUCAACGGAUUCACACAGGAGAGAAGCCAUUUUCAUGUUCAGAAUGUGGAAAAUGUUUUACUCAUAAGCAUUCUCUUGUUAUACAUCAAAGAAAUCACAGAGGAGAGAAGCCAUUUUUAUGUCCAGAAUGUGAAAAAUGUUAUACCAAUAAAUCACAGCUUGUUAAACAUCAAAAAAUUCACACAGGAGAAAAAUGUGAAAAAUGUGGAAAAUGUUUUACGCGGAAAUCUAUUCUUGUUGAACAUCAAAGAACUCACAAAGUAAAGAAACCAUUUUCAUGUUCAGAAUGUGGAAAAUGUUUUACUUUGAAAUCAAUUCUUGUUCAACAUCAAAGAACUCACACAGGAGAGAAGCCAUUUUCAUGUUCAGAAUGUGGGAGAUGUUUUACCCAUGAAUCACAUCUUGUUAAACAUAAAAAAGCGCACACAAGAAAAACGCCAUUUUCAUGUUCAGAAUGUGAGAAAUAUUUUAUAUCUAAAUCAUAUCUUGUCAUACAUCAAAGAUCUCACACAGGGGAGAAACCAUUUUCAUGUUCAGAAUGUGGGAAAUGUUUUACAGAGAAAUCAAUUCUAGUGAAACAUCAAAGAACUCACACAGGAGAGAAGCCAUUUUCAUGUUCAGAAUGUGGUAAAUAUUUUACUCAGAAAUCAAUACUUAUCAGACAUCUAAGAAUUCACACAGGAGAGAAGCCUUUUUCUUGUUCAGAAUGUGGAAAACUUUUUACUCAGAAACCACACCUUGUUAAACAUCAAAUGACUCACACAGGAAAGAAGCCGUUUUCAUGUUCAGAAUGUGGGAAAUGUUUUACUGAGAAAUCACCACUUAUCAAACAUCUGAAAAUUCACACAGGAGAGAAGACAAUUGAGAGCAAUAAAUGAUGCAGAUAAGACAUCUAUAUAUUAACCAUGUACAUAGGAUAUCUGACAUUUAUACAUAUAUCAUAUACUGCAUCUCCAAACUUGUUCCCAAUUGUUAAUAAAAGUUUUCUUUUAGAACGUAGUCACCGAUCCAGCGAUGUCAUCACUAUAGUUUACAUGGUAGGAAAAGAGUGUGAUAUAUGGUUGUGAUAUUCACUGCUCCUCAUGGAGAAGACCCAACAGGCAUAAUCCAUGGGGAGCUGCUACUGGAGACCCAAACACCUCAGAGAGAAGGGACUUAUUCCAGUGAUGAAGAAUUCCAGGACAUGACCAGAUUAGAGACACAAAAUCACUUCUAUCUUCUGGCUUCUAGGACAUUAUUCUGAUGGAAGAACUUUACACAUUAUAAAAAGUCCUAUAGGUGUUGGGGAACAUUUAUAGACAAUUGUUGGCCCUGGCUGUCAUGGCGUACCAUAGGCCCCCUGCCUCCAUAUUACACAGGUCUGAUGGAGGAAUAGGGUAAGGAAGGGUUAAUGUUUGUGGUUCUAACAAUAACUGUACAAGGAUAUAUAAGAAGUAAGGAAUAUAUGAGGGUAAGGCUAUGUUCACACGGUAAUGUACGCACAGAAAAUCUACGCUGGCAUUAGGAUCGCUCGGGUAUGCCCCAUCUCAUAGAUGACAAUGCAUUUGGAAUGGAAUCCAAAGAAAAAAAUAGACAUGUCUAUUAUCUCGGCGGACUCAAGAAUAAAAAUUUCUGUUUCAGAGGUUUCCGGUGUGGAAAUUCUGCUGUGUGAACAUAGCCUAAGGCAAGGUUUCCACUGACUUUUUUACUGCAUUAAUUUGGGGGGAAAAUAUUGCAUUUACCUGCAUUUUUGCGUUUUUUAAACCUGAAAAGUUUUUCCUGUUCCUGUGUCGAUCCCAUUUUAAUGCUUUAGUAAAAAUGCCAGAAAAACAACACCAAUACAUUACCCACAUUGCGUUUUUAACUCCUUAAGGACCAAGCCCAUUAUGACUUUAAAGGGGUAUUCCGCCCCUAGACAUCUUAUCCCCUAUCCAAAGGAUAGGGGACAAGAUGUCAGAUCGCCGCGGUCCCGCUGCUGGGGACCCCCGGGAUCCCCGAUGCGGCACCACGCUCUCAUUACAGCACAGAGCGAGUUCGCUCUGCACGUAAUGAUGGGCGGUACAGGGGCCGGAGCAUCGUUACGUC